GCUGACCAGCUGACCGAGGAGCAGAUCGCAGAGUUCAAGGAGGCCUUCUCCCUCUUCGACAAGGAUGGAGACGGCACUAUCACCACCAAGGAGUUGGGGACGGUGAUGAGGUCCCUGGGACAGAACCCCACCGAAGCAGAGCUGCAGGACAUGAUCAACGAGGUGGACGCGGAUGGGAACGGGACCAUUGACUUCCCGGAGUUCCUGACCAUGAUGGCCAGAAAGAUGAAGGACACAGACAGCGAGGAGGAGAUCCGAGAGGCUUUCCGCGUCUUCGACAAGGACGGCAAUGGCUACAUCAGCGCUGCCGAGCUCCGUCAUGUAAUGACGAACCUGGGCGAGAAGCUGACCGACGAGGAGGUGGACGAGAUGAUCAGAGAGGCUGACAUCGACGGGGACGGUCAGGUCAACUAUGAAGAGUUUGUACAGAUGAUGACGGCCAAGUGAAGGCCCCCGGGCAGCUGGUGAUGCCCACUCUCGUGAUCUCUCUCUUCUCGCGCGCGCGCUCUCUUCAACACUCCCCUGCGUUCCCCGGUUCUAGCAAACACCAGUCGAUUGACUGAGAAUCUGAUAAAGCAACAAAAGAUUUGUCCCAAGCUGCAUGAUUGCUCUUUCUCCCUCCUUGAGCCUCCUCCCUCCCGUGCCCACCGUCCCUCCCU